GUUAAAACUGUGAACACUGAAUUGAGUUUCAACAUUCAACCAACAACUACAGGAAGGCAGUUGUUCGAUAAGGUACUUCGUUUGAUAGGUCUCAGAGAGUUAUGGUACUUUGGUCUGACGUACGUGAACAGUUUUGGCGAGCACGUCUGGAUGAAUCUUGAUAAGAAGGUGGUGAAGCAGGUAAAGCAGUCAUCCCCUCUAAAGUUCAACUUCCUGAUCAAGUACUAUCCGGAAGAUGUGGCUACUGAACUCAUUCAACCAAUCACAAAGAUGAUAUUCUUCCAACAAGUCAAAAACUCCAUCUUGAACGACGAGUAUUAUUGUCCACCGGAGACAGCAGUCCUCCUCGCCUCCUAUGCCCUGCAGGCCACCUUCGACGACUUCGACCCCAACAUUCAUACCGUGGAGAUGUUUGCGAAGGAUCAUCUUCUGCCAACCAGGAUCAUCAAACAGCAUACACUGACGAAGGCGGAUUGGGACGAGCAGAUACUGACCUGGUACUCCCAGCACAGAGGAAUGUACAAAGAGCAGGCGGUGGAGGAGUACUUGAAAAUAGCGCAGGACCUUGAACAGUACGGGGUGAACUACUUCGAGAUCACCAACAACAAGGGUUCCAAACUCUGGCUGGGUGUCGACGCACUCGGAAUGAAUAUCUAUGGACACGAUGACAGACUGACUCCGAAAAUCGGCUUUCCAUGGAGCGAUAUAAAGAACGUUUCGUACAGCGGGAAAAAGUUUACCGUGAAGUCUGUGGAUCCUAAGGCUCCUCCUUUCAAGUUCUUGACAAACAAGGCUCAGACAAAUGAAAAGAUAUUGAACCUGUGCAGGGGGAACAGUGAGAUGUACCAGAGGAGAAGGAAGACGGAAUCUCCGGAGGUCACCCAGAUGAAGAAGGAGGUGCAGGAGGAAAAUGAACGAAGGAAUGAAAUCAGGUUGACAUUGUUGAGAGAAAAGGAAAUGAGAGACGAGAUGGAGAAGGCCAUGACCAUGAUGAAAAUUAGGGUGCAGGAUUAUGAGAAGGAAAUGGCUAUCUCUAGGGAAGGUUACGAGAAAUUGCAGAGAGAAGCAGAGGAAAAGGAGAGGAGGUUGAUGGAAAUCGAGAUGAUGAGGCGUGAGUUGGAGGAGGCACGGAGAAGGGCUGAGGAAGCCAGGAUAGCUGCUGAGCUGGCUGCAGAUGCUGAAAAAGCUGAAAAGUAUUUGAAGGUUGUUGAGCAACAAGCGCUCGAAACGGAGGAGUUGUUGAGAAGGAAGAUGGAGGAAGUGGAAGAGAAGGAAGAGGAAACUCGAAGACUGACCAUGGAGCUUGAGAGGAUCAAGGCAUUGAGUGACGUAAACGAGGAAGAGCAGAAGAUACGACGCAUCUCUGACGCAGUGUACGAACAAGUGGUCAUCACGACAACAACCACCACAGCUGCAGAUACGAACGACAUCGACAACAACAACGUGACCAAUUACUUCAUCAUCGCUGACACAAGCAACAAGGGAAAAAAAUCUUCGAGUUUAUCUUCUAGUUCAAAGAGCAGUUCCGAUAGUGAGGAUGAACAUAGGGCAGAGGUCAAGGUUGAAGUUGACGAGUCGCUGAAGAAGACCGAACAGGGUGAGUUGACUCGCAACGACCUCAUUUAUAGGCUGAACGCGUCUCAGGGGAGGGACAAGUACAAAACGCUGAAGGAGUUGAGGCAGGGUAAUACCAAGAUCAGGGUGGAGCUCUUCGAGUCCAUGUGAUGACGACAUGAUGUGGUGUGGGGAUUCAAAGUGGUGAUGGGAUUAUGAAAUGUGGUGAUGACAUGAUGUGAUAUGGUGAUGACAUGAUGUGAUGUGUUUUAUGACAUGAUGUGAUAUGGUGAUGAUGCGAUAAGAUGAUGUGAUGUUACUGUAAUAGGAAGUCAUAAUGAGGUUUUUGAUAGGUAUGACGAUCAGAUGAUAUCUACGCUAAUAAUGAUUUAAAAAAAAAAGAAAAAUCCAGAAUGAUGAUACCAAUGAUAAAAAUGAUGAUGGUAAUGGAAUGGCGAUGACUUGUUUCUAACUUGAAAGGGUGUGAUAAUGAUAGUGAUUAAAUGGUUUAGUUCAUGAUCUUUAAAAUGAUAAUGAUUUCGUUGAAAGAGGUGUCAAAAAAAGUUUUGUCAGAAGCGAGAAAAUUAUGAUUUUUUCAAACUUGAAGUUGGUUGUUAACGAUGAUGCUAACGGCGACUAUGGAGCGACGAUAAUGAUGAAAGAUGAUGAUAAUAAUAAUAAUAUUUAAAAGAUUCAGUUGUAAAUGUUAAUUAACUAUUUUAUGGCCGUGUGAUUGAAGUAUAAAAAUCUUUAUGACCAAGAUGAAAAGGAUGAUGAAGAUGGACAUGACAAAAUUUACGAGGUUGUCACAAUACAAAAUUCUGGUUCAUGACAUUUAAUUCUUUUCAGUUUUGUUGAUUAUUUGUGAAUUAUUUAUUUAAAUUAACGAACGGAAAUGAACUUGGUUUUUUGUUAUUGAUUUUUUUAUAUUUGCGUCUUUAGGCUUGUUCCUGUAUGCGUCUAUAUAGGCUUGGUUCUCUAUGCAUUUUGCAUUGAGUUAAAAAGCGCAAAUGAAUUUUGAAUAAAAAUUUUUGAUUUUCCCAUA